GGUGAAAGUAAUUACUUCAUUUUCUUGAAUAGUUGGAUAUCUUUGAAGACAUUUUUUUUUUAAAUUAAGGACUUUACAGCUGUGUUAAACAAAGGUUACAGACCAGCUAGUUGUAUCCCUCUCUGAAAUUUGAACCAAAUUGAAAUACCAAUUAUAUAAGGUUCAAGAGCAAAUUUAUUUUAAGAAAAAUGAUCGGUAAGGGAUACAAGAUCGUUUCUCAAAACGGACACCAGGAACCAAAACAAGGACCGGAUAUACGCCAGCCUGGCGACCACAAACGCCAGCCUGGCGAAGGUAGAGACCAGGAUGGAGAAGACACAGAGCUAGCCGUGGACACGAGGUGUGGGGUGUGGACAUUCAAGCCGGACAUCUUGCAGCCGUGUGCCAACAUCUGGAGCUUCACCCUGAUAUACAGUUUCGCGGCACUGUUGACCUCGACAUUGACGUCGUACGUCAACUCCCAGGUGACGACGCUAGAGAGACAAUUUGGCCUGAACUCCAAACAGACAGGUUUGAUCCUGGCAGCCAAUGAUGUGGGGUUUCUCAUCUGUGUGCUUUUCCUUAGCUACUCGGCUCCGAAACUACACAUCCCGAGGUCACUAGGUAUAGCGACGAUCACAUUUGGUGUAUCAGGUCUGGCCUGCUCCCUGCCUCACUUCAUCUUUGGCGCGCGCACGGACACUGGUCAGCUACAGACCAACGUGACCUCUUCCAGAACUCUCUACGGUGCCAUGUGUGAUGGCCACAACCGGACCUCCAGCACAUGUGCAUCAGCAGCAGACAAGAGAAGUCACCUGACGUCAGAGAACACGGCCAUUAUCUCUCUCGUCAUCAUCUUCCUGGGUAUGAUGAUACAGGGCUUCGGGAAAGCCCCGAGAACAGCCUUCACAGUGACGUAUAUUGAUAAUAACACAAAGAAAACCAACACUGGAAUAUUUAUGGGAAUCAUUAUAAGUGUUGGUAUAUUUGGGCCUGUGUUGGCGUAUUUGCUGGGGGGCGUUUUCACCCGGAUGUACGUCACGCUGGAAGACACCCAGCUAACCCCGACCCACCCCAGAUGGAUAGGGGCCUGGUGGCUGGGUUAUGUAACCUUUGGUUGUCUGGCCCUGGCUGUAUCCAUCCCGUUAUUUUGUUUCCCGAGGAAGCUUCCACAGAAGGUCUCAAAGAAACAGAAAAAACAGAGUCACGAAAGUGUCAGUCAAGGAAGCAAUUUAGGAACAGAAUUAAUAACAAACGGAAACGUUAAUCGCCCUGAUAACACCGGAAACAUUAAUCAUCCAGAAAACCUACGCUGGAAAGCUAAACUCAGCAUAGAGUACAUCAUUAAUUAUAUCAAAGAAUUUUUGGCGACGAUGGUUCGACUUUUGACAAACCCCGUGUACGUCUGCAUGAUGAUCUCAGCGUGCUGCAUAUUGUUUGCCGUCAGCAGUGGUAACUCCUACACACCCAAAUAUCUGGAGGGAAUGUUUAAUCUACCCACAUACAAGGCUAACUAUGUCAUGGCUGCUAAAUCCCUGUUUGCAUCGACGCUUGGAACGUUUAUGGGAGGGUACUUGACCAAACGUAUCAAGAUGACGACUAUGAGGGCCCUCAAGUUUGUGAUUAUCGUAACGUCCAUCUCCUUGUUUGCGUGCGUCAUGGCGUUUUUCUUUCAAUGUCGCCAACCAGAGGUUCAUAACUGGCCGAGCACCAACACGACGUGCAACACAGGGUGCCAGUGUGCUGACAACAGCUACUUCGCCAUCUGUGGUCAAGACGGCAAGACCUACUACUCACCAUGUACAGCCGGCUGCUCAAAAGUCACCAACGGAGUGUACCAGAACUGCACCUGUAUUCCUGGUGGUCAAGCUACCAGCGGUUUCUGUGAAUACGGCUGCGACCACAUUUACGGCUACGCUUUUUUCUUCACCAUACGGUCUCUCGUUGCAACACUGGCGAUAGUACCCAAACUUCUUGUUGUCAUAAGGAGCGUUGACCCACGUGACAAGGCUUUGGCCUUAGGGUUCCAGGCAUUCAUGAAUUCUUUAUUCGGCUGGCUUCUGGGUCCAGUCAUCAUCGGCUACGUCAUCGACGGCAUCUGCGUCAUCUGGGACGUCAAAUGUUCUACCAGGGGGCGCUGUCUGCUGUACGACAACGAGGUCUUCAAAAACAAGCUGCACGGCUACAUCACCGUCGCUACCACCGUCUCCAUCCUCUUCCUAUGCAUCGCCUACGUCUUCGCCAGGAGGAAUCCGCGUUUCCAUGACAACUUUGGUCAGGAUAACCUCACUUCCGGUGACCUAAGUGUCAAGGUCAGCCAGGACAACAAAACGGAUAGCGGGAACUUGUUAAACGGAGAUAACUCUAACUUACAGAGUGGGAACUCAAAAGAAACAGUUUAAAAUGCAGAAGUACUUAUUUAUUUUAACAGUUUUGGAAUAUACAGAAGACAAUUAA